AUGAGUGCGGCGGGGGCGGCGGCUGGGCCGCGGCCCACCAGCUCUGGGGUCUCCGGCUCCCGCGGUGCGACGCGCUCGCGCCCGCGCCAGCCCCCUGGCGUUGCACACCAGGCUCCGCAAAGCCAGCAGUUGGGGUUGGGUGAGGCGCAAAAGCGGGUCCUGGACCUGGAGAAGAGCCUGCAGUUUCUGCAGCAGCAGCACUCGGAGACGUUGGUCAAACUCCAUGAGGAGAUCGACCACUUGAAGCGGGAGAACAAAGAGCUCCACUACAAGCUGAUCAUGAAUCAGAAGCCUCCAAAGAAAGGCAGCCUCUCUACAUCCAGCAUUCUGUCCAACAAGUCCAUCUCCAAUUCAACGUUGUCAGCCAUCUCUCAAGGCAAGGUCAGGACCCAGCCCAACUCCUACAAGAAGCAGGACUCAAAGGCAGAUGUCCUUCAGAGGGCAUACUUGGAGGAGGAGCCCCCCAGCCCAGGCCUGCUGAACAUUGGCAAGCCAGACAGAGCCCUUGGGCUGGAGGCACAGGGCCAGGCCAGAGGAGGAGAUGCAGAGGCCUGUAGCUCGGGGGCUGCCUCAUGGGCAGGCAGCCAGCCCAAGGGCAGGCCAGCAGCCCCCUCUGUGAUCCUGCCCCUGCACCUGCGGAAACCCACCACCAUGCAGCAAUGUGAAGUAGUCAUCCGCCAGCUUUGGAAUACCAACCUCUUGCAGGCCCAGGAGCUGCAGCAUCUCAAGUCCCUGUUGGAGGGGGGCCAGCGGCCCAAGGCUGCCCUUGAGGAGUCUGGCACUAGCUCACCCAAGGACCAGGAGGCCAUGCAGUUCCCCAAGGUGGCCACCAAGGGCCUCUCUAAAAAAUGCCUGAUCCUGAGCUCUGUGCCAGUGGAGGAGAGGGCCAUCCUACCUGCCCUGAAGCAGACCUUGAAAAGCAACUUCGCUGAGCGCCAGAAGCGCUUGCAGGUAGUACAGAGUCGGCGCCUGCACCGCUCUGUACUCUGA